AUGGACGUCUCUGUCCAAGCCGGCUCCUCACGUAGAACUCGGAAGCUGGCGACGUUUGGUACCUCUGCUCGUAGAGAUGCACUCCUUGCUUGCGCAAGAACAAAACGGAAAACCGACGAUAGUGCGCAGCAUCAGAUUGUGAAUACAACAGCCACAGCGACUGUUGCUGAAAACCGCGUGCCUCCGGGAGACAGAGCAGAUAAUGUGUUAGGCGUUCAAGAUGCGAGAAAGCUCCUACGGAGUCGGCAACGUGCCAAAGUGGCAGAGUGGCUUGCCUUUACGCCACCGCGUCCCGGGCCAUCAUCUCCCACCAACAUUUAUUUUUCGUCCCUGCGAAAGCUUAAGAAUAAAUCCUCCCCUACACCAGUCAUUUUUCCCAUAGAGCGGUCGUAUUCGGAUCCCGAGUCGCUUCCUGACUCAGGCUACUGCUCGAGCGGAUUCUCAAGAGAACUCAGGCUCAGCCAUCGGUCCAACGGCUCGCGCGAGGAUGUGCCAAGUUUCCCGAAUGUAGAGUCCUUCGGCCAGAAAGCUCCACAGACGUCCACUCGUCCCUCGCGUUCAAAGCCAUCGCUUUGGCGCCAGACGAUCAGCCGCUCGUCGUCCAUGUCCAUUAAGACUGCAGGUCGCGCGCCGACCCCGGCCACAUCGCAGGUCACGCUCGAUGUUGCGGACGCGAGCAGAUACGCUGUCUUCCAUCGCAAAAACGUGGACGUGCACUCUUGUUAA